AUGAGGGACAGCACACAGGUCCACGAGACCACUGCGCCCGCGCACGACAACGCGGCCAUCCCUCGCGAUAACGUCAGUCCAAACGAAAAGAUCGAGGCGGCUGAGCACCUCGACACGAUCGACAUGGACAAAAGCCAUGGACUCGUCGGACAUACAAACUACCACGGCAUCGACACGACUCACGUCCAGCCUGGCGCCGACGCCGCAUAUGAGGCCAAGAUCUCACUCCUGAACGAAGCCCUGAUUGACAUCGGCAUGGGGCCGUUUCAGUGGAAGCUUUUUAUGCUGACCGGAUUCGGCUGGUUCGUCGAUAAUACCUGGUUACAGGCCAUCACCAUCGUGGGUCCUGCUAUCCAGCGCGAGUUCGAUGUCAAACGCAUUGCUUUUCUUACUGUGGCCAAGUACACUGGUCUGACAGUGGGGGCAUCAACGUGGCCUUUGACAGCAGAUUUCAUCGGCCGGCGUCCGGCAUUUAACAUUACCUUGCUCUUUUCCUCCAUCUCUGCGCUUGUCGCCGCCGGUUCUCCCAACUUCGUGGCCAUGUGCACCCUUUGUGCGUUAAUUGGGGUCGGCUGCGGCGGUAAUCAUGCGAUCGACAGUGCCAUCUUCCUGGAGUUUAUUCCCGCCACACACCAGCAUCUCCUAACUGUGCAAUCGCUCUUUCUAGCAAUUGGUAUCGCUACGGCUGCUCUCGUUUCAUGGCCUCUGGUGGUGAAUUUUACUUGCCCUCCAGAGACUCCCCAGGACCAGUGCGGUUUCCACGAAAACAUCGGAUGGCGAUACAUCUACUGGACCUUAGGCGGCCUGACUCUGUUUCUCUCCAUCCUUCGCUUUUUGUUCAACACGUAUGAAACUCCCAAAUACCUGCUCGGCCGAGGUAAAGAUACAGCGGCCGUUAAAGUGGUCUCACAAAUUGCCGCACGUGACGGCAAGACUACCUGGCUUACUCUGGCCCAUUUCGAAAAUAUCGAUGCCCGCUUGGCGGAGAUUCGAGCUACAACCGCUGAGGAUUCGACCCCUGCCGAGGGUUCGUCCAAGGCCAUUCUCCGCCGGUUUUUCUCAAAAUGGACUCCGGAGAAAGUCCAGGGACUGUUUUCUGCCCCGCGUAUGGCUCUCUCCACGAGUAUGAUGAUCGUUCUUUGGGCGGCUAUCGGGUUGUCUUAUCCUCUGUACAAUUCUUUCAUUCCAUUCUAUCUCGAAAGAAAGGGCGUCAAGGUAGGCUCGGGCGACUUGAAUACCACCUACCGAGACUAUACCAUCCAAGCCAUUUGUGGCAUUCCGGCGGCCAUUCUUGGAGGUUACAUGGUGAGACUGAAGCACAUCGGACGCAAAGGCACCGGAGCACUGGCCUGUAUUUGUACCGGCCUCUUCCUGUUCCUCUACACUCGUGCCGACAGCUCUGCUGGCGUCCUUGGCUUCUCGUGUGCCAUCUCAUUCUUUCAAUUCCUUGUAUACGGGUUGCUGUAUAGCUACACUCCCGAGCUGUUCCCGGCAACCAUUCGCGGGACUGGCAAUGGAAUGAUGAUGAUGUUCAAUCGGAUGGCAGGAGUUAUGGCACCACUCAUUCCAGCCUACAUGGGCGUCGAGACCAACCUGCCGAUCUGGAUCGCAGCGGCACUGAUAACGACAGCGGGAUUCGUGUGCUUGUUGCUCCCCUAUGAGAGUCGGGGGCGUGCAGCAUCAUAG